AUGAAAAUUCUCUCAUUUGUUGUUCUCUUUCCUCUUAACAGCAUUGACUUUAAGAUCAGGACCAUCGAGCUUGAUGGAAAGCGAAUUAAAUUGCAAAUCUGGGAUACUGCUGGGCAGGAGCGCUUCCGAACCAUCACAACAGCUUAUUAUCGUGGAGCUAUGGGCAUUUUGCUGGUGUAUGACGUCACCGAUGAGUCAUCUUUCAACAAUAUCAGAAACUGGAUUCGCAACAUUGAACAGCAUGCUUCUGACAAUGUAAACAAAAUAUUGGUGGGAAACAAGGCUGACAUGGACGAAAGCAAAAGGGCUGUACCUACUUCCAGGGGUCAAGCUCUUGCUGAUGAAUAUGGUAUCAAGUUCUUUGAAACAAGUGCAAAGACCAAUAUGAAUGUUGAGGAAGUAUUUUUUUCAAUUGCGAAGGAUAUCAAGCAAAGGCUUGCAGAAAGUGAUACGAAAGCCGAGCCUCAGACAAUCAGGAUAAGUCAACCAGACAAGACAGCUGAUGCUGGCCAAGCUCCACAAAGAUCCUCUUGCUGUGGUUCGUGA